UUAAAUUAGGAGCGGAAUCGCGUUUGCGAUUGUCAGUACUGUUGUCGUUGGGAUAACCUGAAACAUGGUCCGCUUUAAAAACAGAUACGUUGUUUUCACAAUAAAGCCACAUAACGACAGCGAUGACAAGCAGGCGGCAUGGAAGAAUACGCAUGUGUCUAAUGCAAUUAAAUUGAAGGUGCAACAAUUGUAUGGGGAUGUUGGAGUCGCAGCAAUAAAGGACGGCUUCGACGCAAAAUACUGUAACGUACAAACGAAAAUAGCAAUAGUAAGGCUGAGGCACGGGCCUCACAAAUAUGCAUUACAUGCUAUUCCACUGAUAAACGACAUAGGUGGGCGACUAGUCAAAACGAAGAUUCUGUAUGUAGGAGCGACUCUGAAACACUGUUUCCUCUUUAUCAGAAAACAUCAGGAAAAGAAGCUGGAACAAUUAUGGUCAAAAUUGCCAACAGAAGCCGAGAGGAAACGGAUGGAGACUUUUCUGAUGACUCUGACCCCCGCUAUGAAGGACUUUAAAUAAAAAUCAUCGUAAA